UCUUCACAAUGAGAUGUUGCUAUUUCAAUAUCCAGAUCUCCGUUGAGAACAGGCAUCUAUAGUCAAGCCAUAUUUUUCUUGUAACAUUUGAAAGAAUAUAAUUUUCCUGACAUUAGCAAAGAAUUAUUUUUCAAAUUAUGUAAGCUUUCUUUGCUGAUUGCCACUCCAAGUUUGUAGAUUUGUAGGGCAGGUUAGGUUUUGAAGAGACUACACGUGUAUUCAAAGCUUGAAAUAUAUUCAAGAAGUUCUCCAUAUUUUCCAUCUUAAUAAGUGCCACCCCAUCCUCCAAGCUGUCCAAGACCUACACCAUGAAGUUAGACACUUCCUGUUCCUCCAUUUCCAUCAGUCAGCCAUCAUGAAGGUUUAUCUCCUAAAUGUUUUUUGAAUAUAUCCACAUCUAUUGCCAUUGCAUAGUUCAGAGCAGCAUUCUCACUUCUCAUCUUGCACCAGAAUCAUAUGGGGAACUUAAAAAAAUGGUGAUGCCCCAGAGAUUCUGAUGUGUUUGAUCUGGAAUGGUAUUCAGGAAUCCAUAGUUUCCAAAGCUCCCCAGCUGACUCUGUGAUCCAACCAGGGUUGAGGACCACUGGAUUUGAGAUCCUUAUCAUCUUUUUAGGACAAUGAAAAUAGUCUCCUAAGCUGUUACCUUGACUCCUCCAGUCUGGUUUCUUACCAGUCUGUCUUCCACCAAUCUGUCUGUCCAUUUCCAGGGGAAUCUUUCAGUGAAAUUGGUUUCCAGGAGAACCAAUCUGAUUCCAUCACUCUUACGGUUGUGAGCCUUCCGACUUAAUCCCUAUGCGUGGCUUGAAACUCAACUCAUGGUCGGCUUCCCACCUCCCAUCUCCUCAGUAUCAUCUCCCGUGACUUCCCCCUCCCAGUUUGUUCUGAAGUGGUACCAACGUAGUCUUUGAUAUUCUAAGACAGAAAUAUCUCAAGACAGUUGUGAAACUCCGUUUUCUUGAAUGUCACAUAAUUUCUUUCUAUAACUGAAAGAUUUGUGACUUCCGUGACUCUAUAAAUGCAGGACUAAGGUAAUUUAAAUAGCAAUCACAGUAUAUUUGUCAUGAAAAUAAUCUCCCCACAAUAUUGCAUUACAUCUCUACAGUAACACUAACCAAGAAUGAUGAAUGAUGUUAACUAUUCUUAUAGAAUCCACAUUUGUACAGAGGUGUGUGAUUAAGGUGACCUCACCUCACAAAGGCCUAUUAUCCACAUUCUGCAAGGGAAAAAAAUAUUUUUUAAAUUUCCAACUUUUAUUUUUCAACAUAUACUAUUUAAAGCCGUUAUGGCACUUUUGCUGGGCAGGGGUUCCUGUACAAACACCUACUAACACUCUAAGUUAAUCACCAUUUUAUCAUUCAUUUAUUUUAUCUCUAACUGGAUGAGCAGUUUUUGAAUUAGUGAGGCAAUCAUUAUAACCGUUUCAUGGGGGCUCGUGAGGGAAGUCCCGAGACAAAGGGAGCGCCGCCGCCGCCAACGGCGCCGCCAACGCCGCCAACGCCAACGCCGCCGCCCCGUCCGCCUCCCUCGCCGGACCGCGGCCGCCCGAGGGACGCAAACAUGUUGGGGAUCGCCCUCAGCAGACUCGCCCAGGAGAGGAAAGCCUGGAGAAAAGACCACCCGUUUGGUUUUGUGGCCGUCCCAACAAAAAAUCGCGACGGCACGAUGAACCUCAUGAACUGGGAGUGCGCCAUUCCCGGGAAGAAGGGGACUCCGUGGGAAGGAGGCUCGUUUAAACUACGGAUGCUGUUCAAAGACGAUUAUCCAUCCUCACCUCCGAAAUGCACGUUUGAACCGCCAUUAUUUCAUCCGAACGUGUACCCCUCGGGCACAGUGUGCCUGUCCAUCCUGGGGGAGGACAAGGACUGGAGGCCGGGCAUCACGAUUAAGCACAUCUUAUUAGGAAUACAGGAACUUCUAAAUGAACCAAAUAUCCGAGACCCAGCUCAAGCAGAGGCCUACACGAUCUACUGCCGAAACAGAGUGGAAUACGAGAAAAGGGUUCGAGCACAAGCCAAGAAGUUUGCUCCCUCAUAAGCAGCGACCUGUGGCAUCAUAAAAAGGAAGGGACUGGUGUGGCAAGAACUUGUUUACAACAUUUUUGCAAAUCUAACGUUGCUCUCUACAGUUACUGGUCAC